AUGGUAUUACUUAGUUCUUCUACUGUUGGAGUCGCAUUAUCAUCAUCGAUAAUCGGUUUCUUUACCCUUAUCCUCUUUUUAUCCGGCUAUGUCUUGCAGCAGCAGUCGGUCAGGCAUAUCCGGGUCGCAUUACAGCGGUCACCGUCUGCAAACCCCAAAAUCCAACCAGCCUAUCCUUCCGAGCCGAUAUGGGACGACAACAAGCGCCCUUCAGAGAAAACAGCGAAAUUAAAUGAAAAGAAAAAAGGAAAUAUUUUGGGGAGACGAACAAAAUUUAGUCAAGGGAACCAAUCUCCCCUGGGCGAGCUAGUUGAGGAAGAUGUUGAAAAUGAGCAAAAAAUAGAGAAAGCGAAGCAUGCAUAUCUUCAUAUUUUGACGAAACCAAUCGCCUCCGAUAUCUGCUCUACCGUCCUCUUCUUUGAGCACCUUGCGUCAAAUAGCUCUCAAACCACCGAGCAGAUUCUUCUUUAUCCAAAAUCAUGGGACACUAGCUCUCCAACCAAAAGUGUCUCAUCUGCCCUCACUAUUCUUAAAAAAUCAAGCGCCAGGCUCAAUGCUGUUGUCAAGGGAAUUGAUACAUCAGAUAUCCGACCCGGAGCGCUAUCAGAAACCCAGAUGAUGAAAAAGGCUUCAGCCAAGCUAGUUGAAUAUGAGAGGGUUCUUUUCUUGCGCUCUCCUGGUCAUCUUGUCAACAUUGACAAAUUAGAACAGAUGAUUACCUCCGAUAUUGGUGAGAUAAUGAAAGUGGGGUCCUCUAAAAUGAUCCCUUCUACUUGGAUUUCAACGCAUCUCUCUAUUACGCAGCGCCAGUUACCGCCAGCCUUGCUAGUGGCCAGCGAACCAUCUGCCUUUUCAUCCCCCACAGGCAGCAAGGCACCCCCAAAGCCGCACAUCCUAAACUCCGAAACAAUGCAACAAAUGAACUUUGUCAUGGAGUCAUCUGAGUCACCCGGAAGGCACCCAGGCCCAGCCUACGUUUACUUUGAGAGCGGUAUGGUGCACCGAGGCGGAAGCGCAGACAUGCAUUACAGUGAAUGGAAAAAACAAGUCCAAUCAGUGUGCGAUGGUGUGAACCUUGGUCUUUAG